GGAAGAUGCUGCUGCUGACGCGGGUCGUGUUGCUCUCAGCGCUCUGCGCCGCGGCGCUCGGCUGUCCCACCAUCAUCUCCCGCUCCCAGUGGGGGGCCCGGGCCCCGAGAAACAGGGUCCAUCUGAAAACCCCUGUGCCCUACGUCAUCAUCCACCACACGGCAGGGGACCGCUGCACCUCACCAGCCUUCUGCUGCUGGCAGGUCAAGGGCAUCCAGAACUACCACAUGGACAAAAGGGGCUGGUCUGACAUCGGCUACAACUUCCUGAUCAGCGAGGACGGCAGAGUCUACGAGGGCAGAGGCUGGAGCAAUGGGGCCCACGCCAAGAACUGGAACCAUAAGUCGCUGGGAUUCAGUUUCCUGGGCACCUUCUCCAGGAGAACCCCCAACGCUGCCGCCCUGAACGCUGCCAGGAGCCUGAUCCGAUUCGCCGUCUCCAAGGGCUUCCUGAGACGCAGCUACACCCUGAAGGGGCAUCGCAACGUGAGCCCGACCAGCUGCCCCGGGAACGCCCUCUACGGGGUCAUCAGCCGGUGGCCCAGGUUCCAAGCCAAACCCUGAGUCCCGGCGACCCCAGGGCAGUCCCUGCCCACAUCGCUGACCCCACCCGCAGCUUCUGCCUGCCUGAGCAGUACCUCCGCCCCCCAGCAGGGGGCAGCCUCGCGCAUCUCACCCACUGGCCUGGGAAGGACCCGUCGGGUGGUUCGCAGAGUCCCACAAAGGGGGUUUUAAUUCAAGUGCAAUUUGCCUCUAACCCAGCGCCCCUGCGGCUUAGCGCUUCCUUUGCUUGGGAGCUUCUGAGCAGUGAGA